CGGCCCAGCCACCUGUCCCGGCUGUUGAUUAAGCUCUGAUUCUCAUCAGGGCCCGCCUGCUGUUUUUAGGCUUUGAGCUCAGCCCGGGGCUGGAGCUGCUCUGCAGGAGGCUGCGAUGCUCCCCUGUCCCUGUGAUAAGGGGCUGCCUUAACACUGGUCUGGGGCUGCAGCAGCGCUGAUCAAAACUGAUACUGAGUCUUACAGGCGACAGAAAGAAAAGGGAAAAGCACGCUUGUGCUGACUUCCCACUUUCCUUUCCUCUUAUCCUUGUGCUACCUUCGGGCUGCAGAGCACCAAGGCUCUCCCGGCCCCCAGCAGCCGGGGCAGGACGGGGUGGCCAUCCGGUGCUGGCAGCGGUGGCGGGCGAUGAUUGUAGUCUCCAUCCCUGCGGCGGAGCCAGAGGUGACGGCACGCAGCCCUGAGAAGGCACACACGGUGCAGGUGUUCCUGGUGGAGGUGCUGUGCAAUGGCCGGCGGCACACGGUGGCGAAGCGUUACAGCGAGUUCCAGGCACUGCACAAGCGGAUCAAGAAGAGCUGCAAGGUGCCCGACUUCCCCCCGCGGCGCGUCCCCAACUGGGUGCCCAAGGUGCUGGAGCAGCGCCGGCAGGGCCUGGAGCUCUACAUCCAGGGUGUCCUGUGCCACAAUGAGGAACUACCCCAGGAUGUGCUGGACUUCCUGAAGGUGCGACGCAGCCAGCAAGAGCCCAAGGGCUGCAGCCCUGUUGUCAGCCGCUCGCCCUCCCAACGGCCCGUCCUUGGCUUCCGCACUGACCCCUACACACGGCCACCAGCCAUGGAUGUGCUCCCCAACGCCGUGCUGAGCGGGGUGCUGCAGGGCCUCUAUACCCCAUGGCACUGCCCACCCUGCACAGCUGUGCCCCGGGGGCAGCUGGGCCCCUGAGCACCCCCACCACCUACAGCAGUGGUGUCACACCAAGGCAGUAAAACCUUCCACGGGAGGUGGGCAAAGCCCUUCUGGGAGCUGCGGUGGCAUUCUCCAACACCACGUGCCUUGGAGAGCUGGAGCUCUGCUAGCCACUGCCCUGCAAUGGCAUUGCUGUAGGAGUCCCUGGAGGCAGAACCCUCACUGGGAAAAAACCCCUCGGUGUUUGGGCUUUGGAGCAAUAAACCACUGUGGCUGUGCUGCCCAAAGCUGGCUCUCUGUUUCUGCCAAAUAAAUGCAGUGGUAGCACAGGGGUUGAUCUGAGACAGGAAAGGGAGUAGGAGGGCUGAC